UCAACGGCGGAGGAAAUUCAAGGGGUUAUUAUAAAUAGAAAACAAAUCCAUCUUCCUAACUCAGUAUAUAAGUAAAACAAAAAGGCCGACGGCUAACAACCCUAAUCCGAGCCAACCUCUUCCUCCAAGUCCAAAGCCCAUUACACGCCGUUUGAUUCUUCCCGCCGUUGCUCUUCUCUCUGCGUCUGUGACUAUGGACCCCAACCCUUAUUCCGAGCUCGUUGACAACAAAGUUAAUGUCGAGAUUGAAUCUUCCGACACGCAACCAAUCAAGCGGAGGAGGAAGAGGAAGUCUAUGGUGUGGGAUCACUUCACCACCGAGACAACCACCUCCGGAACCACCAAAGCCUUUUGCAAACACUGCAACAAGUCCUACGCAUACAUGUCUGGCGGCAAAGCUUCGGGGACAAGCCACCUCAAGCGUCACAUCGAGUUAGGUAUUUGUGAUAAGUGCCCGAACACAAACCUGGUCCCUCAAGUCAACGAUGGAACCGCUUCUUGUCCUCCUCCCAAGAAGCGUCAGAAGAGAUGUGCUAAUGCCCCUCUGGAUCAAGAUGGAUGCAACCGUGAGAUGGCUAAGAUGAUCAUCAUGCAUGGCUACCCUCUUCACAUGGUGGAGCAUCCUGGUUUCACUUCUUUCGUUAAGACUGUUCGUCCUCAGUUUGGAAUGCCAAGGUUUGAUACUGUCCAUGGGGAUUGUGUUAACAUGUUCUUGUCUGAAAAGCAUAAACUUUCGGAGUUCGUUGGAGAGACUCCUGGGGGGGUUAGCCUCAGUGUUGACUUGUGGUUAUCAAAGCAAUCAGUGGGUUACGCCUUUGUGAGUGGACACUUUGUUGAUAAAGACUGGAGCUUGAGUAACCGUCUUCUCAAUGUUGUUGUUGUGGCUUGUCCUGAUUCGGAUUCCGCGUUGAACCAAUCUAUCACUGCUUGCUUAUCUGAAUGGAAGCUAGAGGGGAAAGUUUCAAGUCUCACUGUCAGCCAAUCACAAGUGAAUAAAACCUGCGCUGAUAAUCUUAGAGGUUUCUUGACUUUUAAGAACCAGCAUGUGUUGAACGGUCAGUUAUUAAUAGGGGAAUGCUACGCUCGUCUCCUAACCAGUAUGGCGCAAGAAGCACUUGCGGCUGAGGAGGUUCGAGGACCAGUAAAGAAAGUCAGAGACAGUGUAAAGUAUGUUAAGACAAACGACGCUUGUGGAGAGAAGUUUGAGGAGGUGAAGAGACUGUUUCCAGCUUCUGCUCCGUACAAAGAUCUUGUAAUUGACAACAAAGGGAGAUGGGACACGAGUUACAAGAUGUUGUUGGCUGGUUUAGAGCAUAGACAAGUGUUUUCUUGUUUGGAGACUUGUUAUCCUGGUUACAAGAUAUCGAUAUCUAAUGAAGAGUGGAGGAAGAUUGAGAGUCUCUGCUUGUGCUUGAAGGUUCUUUUCGAAGCGAGUGAUGUCUUGACUAGGCCAAAACACUCGACAGCAAAUAAUUUUUUCGAUGUGAUGACUAAGCUUCAGCUAGAGCUUAGCCACCUGGCCAUGGGUGGUGAAGACCUUGGAAACGUUGUGAGCUCGUUGAGGGAGAGAUUCGACUUGUACUGGAGAGGAUGCUUCCUUGUUGUGGCGGUUGCUGCGGUCUUAGAUCCUCGGUGUAAGAUGCAACACGUAAAGGAGACAUUCACUGAGUCAUAUGGUGAAGAUGCAGAACAAUGGAUCAAGACUGUUAGUGAUGCAGUCCAUGAUCUGUACACAAACUACAGUGAUACCAAUCUGCUUGAUUCCUAUGUAGUAGAUCAUGGCUUUGACGAAACAGAAGUGGUUCAAGAACCUCACUUCCAACAAGACAUGCCUCAAGAUGCUGAUAAAGAUGAGAUAAGUCCACAGUCAGAGCAAACCACAGAGUCACAUCAACAAGAGACGCAGCCUAAGGUAGAGAAGCAGCAGAAUGUGAGUGAAGAGUAUCAAGACCACACGUCAUUUAUGGAUGACGUGCUGCUCGAGGAAGGGUCUACUCUUGUUACAGUUGGAGACUCGUUUUCGGACUUUGACAUUGAAAUAUCAGAGAUGAAACCGGAGCUGGAUCAGUACUUAGAUGACAACUUGGUUUUGAAGUCGGAAGACUUUGAUGUACUAAGCUGGUGGAGACUCAACAGCAACAACUACCCCACACUGUCUAAGAUGGCUGCUGAUUUUCUCUCCAUCCCCUUCAGUACUGUCUCAUCUGAGUCUGUAUUCGACACGGAAGUGAAGCAGAUGGACAGUUAUAGGACCUCUCUUCCUCGUGGAACAUUGGAGGCUCUCUUGUGCACCAAAGACUGGCUCAAGAACCAAACAUUAUGAUAUUUUACUCCGUUUUUUUUUAUUUUUGGAUUCGCUUUUUUUAGUUUUGAAAUUAGUUUUUUCAUAUCUGACUUGCUUUAUAACUAUUAACUAUUUGUCUUUUGAUUGCAUAGAUGACUUUGAUUGUUAUUCGUCUCAUGAAUGAC